CGAGUAUUUGAAUUAUUUUCAUACGAAUAGUAUUAUUCGAUUAUUUGAAUAAUUCGAAUAAUAGAAAAAUUCGAUUCGAGGUCUCAGCUCUAGUUGUUACACAUUUUUUUUACAAAGCAAGUCUAUUUUCAGUGGGUUAUAAAGUAACAAUUACAUUAUAAAUUAAUUACUAUAAUAAUUAAAUUAUAUACCCAAAUAUUAAUGCGCAAUAUGCAGACAUAAUUCUUUAUCUACUAAACACAGUAUGAUCAAUAAUUUUGGACGCAGGACGGUACAGAAUGCUCUAUGCAUUUUAUGGUCUAAGACUAAGUUAAAAACACGUAUGUAUGCAAAUCAGUUAUUUAAUUUUUCCUACCACUUGUUUUUUUAAAAUGUUUUUAGAAACCACUGAGUUUUCUUAUCAUUUGUAGGUAAAUAGGUCUUUAGCCUUAUCAUUUAUAAUUUCACAAUUCACUAUUCUAAUCACAGACUUCUAUACUAACUACUAGAAGUCUGCGAUUCUAAUUUAAAACUUCUAUCAGAAUAAUGCAGUAGGCUUUUCACGAUCACUAUUAAUUUUGUUUAAGAUUUACAUGGUGAAAAAUAUUGUAAAUAUUCUAUGGAGUUAAACUUUGAAUAAUAAAUGUACGAUACUUAUCUAUAGUUACUAAUAUAUUAUAGAUAUUUAAAAUGUCAGAAUACUAAAUUAAAUGCAUCAGAACUGCAGAAAAUUACCUGUAAAAACUACCUAAAUCAGCAUUCAACGAUAGUUGGUCUGAUAAAAUAUCAUGCUUGGGUAUUUUUUCUUUUAAUCAUACUUUUUAUGUAAAAAUUAACAAAUUAUAUAGUUCUAAUUUUUCAAAAUGAGUGCACAGCUUAAAAAAACUGUUCAUUUGUUACUGUUGCAAAAGUUAAAUUAUAACCAGCUCCGUUACUGUACUGCUAAAGAAAAAGAUUAUGCUAGAAAAAUAAAAGAAAGUACCGUUGUAUGUUCAAACCAUUUGACACCAGAAAUUAAACUGCAUUUAAUUACGGAACAGUGCAAACUAUGGUAUUCGACAAGUGAUGAAUGUGAAUUUGAGGAUCCAUUCUGGGCAUUUUAUUGGCCCGGUGGACAAGUUAUUUCUAGAUUUUUAUUAGACAACCAAAAUCAAGUAAAUAAAAAAAAAGUUUUGGAUAUUGGCAGUGGAAGUGCAGCAUGUUCUAUAGCUGCAGCUAUGGCGGGUGCUAAUACUGUUACAGCUAAUGAUAUAGAUCUCGUUGCAUGUGUAGCAGCGACAUUAAAUGCACAACUGAACAAUGUUAAAUUGGAAAUUUCAUCUGAUAACUUUUUAUUCAGUGAAGGUUUGCAGUAUGAUGUUAUUAUUAUUGGUGACAUGUUUUACUCAAAAGAAUUAGCUGACGUACUUUGGAAAUGGCUAUUUAAACUUUGUGAUAAAGGACAAACUAUACUAAUCGGGGAUCCUGGUAGGCAUUGUUUUCAACCUGAUCAAAAUUUACAGAAACGAUUAAUAAAACUUAAAGAAUAUAAUUUAACUGAAAACUGUUGUUUGGAAAAUCGAGGAUUUUCUACAGCAUCUGUUUGGACAAUAAAUUAAAGAAAAUUUUGUUUGAGUUUAAAAAAAAAACUUUGUUGUAGUUUUUUUGUUACAAAAUAUAUUAGGAAGAAUAUAAUUUUUUUUUUUGUCAAUAUUUGCUCAAAAAGGCUUUA